CUUGGCCAAAGAAGUUGACGGCGAGGACGACGGGGACGAGGACGACGAACCUGUUAAAAUGGAGCUACGCCUGCACUCGCCAGCCGGAGCAGAACCGAUUGUCUAUCAAUGGCCCCUCACCUCCGGAUCCGGAUCUGAUCGUCAUGAUGGAGCACUGGAUGUCGUUGAAACAAUGCGAUGGGUUUGCGAAGAUUUGCCAGAUUUGAAAUUACCUUUAGAAAAUAAUAUUCUUUGCGAAUACGAUACAAGAGACUUUGAGAGCAUGAAAAGUUUAUGCGACAAAUUCAAUAGGGCAAUCGACAGUUUAGUUCAGUUGGAAAAAGGUACUAGUCUACCAUCUCAAAGGCUGAAUAAGCGUCCUAGUCGAGGUUUAUUACGACAUAUACUUCAGCAGACAUACAAUCAAGCAGUAGUCGAACCAGAUAAAUUAAAUCAGUACGAGCCAUUUUCACCAGAAGUAUACGGAGAAACCAGUUACGAGCUUGUUUGUCAAAUGAUCGAUCAAAUCGAUGUGACGGAGGACGAUGUGUUUGUCGAUCUGGGAUCCGGAGUUGGUCAAGUAGUGUUGCAAAUGGCAGCAGCAACGUUAUGUAAAAUUUGUAUUGGCGUCGAAAGAGCCGAUGUACCAUCAAAAUAUGCACAAAGUAUGGAAAUAAACUUUCGUAAAUGGUUGAAUUGGUAUGGAAAAAGAUGCGGCGACUAUCGUUUGGUAAAGGGCGAUUUUUUAGCCGACGAACACCGCGAAAGUAUUACCGGAGCUACGAUUGUAUUUGUUAACAAUUUUGCCUUUGGCCCGACGGUAGAUCAUCAACUGAAAGAACGAUUUGCCGACUUGCGCGAUGGUGCGCGCAUAGUGUCGUCAAAAUCAUUUUGCCCCUUGAAUUUUCGCAUAACAGAUAGAAAUCUGAGCGAUAUCGGCACGAUAAUGCAUGUCUCGGAAAUGUCACCGCUAAAAGGUUCCGUCUCUUGGACUGGUAAACCAGUGUCUUAUUAUUUACAUGUAAUUGACCGUACCAAAUUAGAACGUUAUUUCCACCGUUUAAAGAAUAAUAAACAAGGUGGCGAUGAAAACUGUGAUUCUGUGAUAAGUAACACUGCCAGCAGUAAUAAUAAGAUUACGAGUAGGGGAGAGAGAGGCGACAGAGCCAAACGAGACCUUUCGAGGCAGCUAGAUAGUCCAAAUCAUUCAGAGCAACAAGGGACAAAUAGCGAUUCUGAUGGAGAUGAGAAUAAUAUUAAAAGUCGUCGACAACCGAACAAAAUUCGCAGAAAAUUAAAUCGAAAGGCCAACAGUAUUACAAGACCUCCAGCCAGAGGUAGACAGAGAGGAAGAGGUGUGAAAAAAUCCAAGCCCAAGAAAGCAAUUAAUAUUUCUGGUCUGGACUUGCUGCAUAGUCAAACAUUACUUAGUACAUCUCCGCAGGCUUUGGGGAAAAAACCGCCACCAGCGCCUGGUUGCGUGGAUCAACAGCUAUCGUCGUUAUCGCUCUCUUUGCAGUCACAUUCCACCUCUGUACACGAAGAACUUAGUAUACCACCUGCUCCGUCCGCCACACCAUACGCUUUACAGAUACUCUUGGACUUGUACAGGGACCAAUUUAUGCUCAUGUUGGAAUCGAUGAGAACUCCUCAAUACAGAGUAUCGAUCAAUACUGAUAUUGCAAAAGAAAGAGAAAGAAAUUCCAAAUUACAAUCAAGAGCAGCGCAAUUAGAGAAACAGAUCAAAGUGUUAAUCGACGAUAGCGUAGCUCUUUUGAAAGCAAGAAUGACUGAAUUAGGUAUAAAUGCUACAUCACCUGGAGAUUUACUUGCUAAAGCUAAGGAAAUAGUUCUUCGUCAUAAGCAAUUGCAAGCAAAAGCAAGUAAAUUACAAGCUCAAGUUGCAUCUAUGGAAACUGAGCAAUCAAGGUUGACUGCGCUUAGACAUCAAGAAUUACAAGAAAAAUAUAGCAAUCUCUCGAACGCGAACGUCAUAUCAAAUCCACCACAGCCGCUCACGCAAGAUUACAUAUUGAAGGAAAUAUCCGCGACUCUGUCUCAACGUAAAAGAUUACAUUGUCAGGUGUCCAAAUUGGAACACGAGUUGAAUGUUUUAGAAAGAGCAAGCAGCGAGAAGCAAGUCGCUGCGAUUGCUCAACAACAGAGAGAAGCGGUAGGCGUUAAGCAUUCGCAGAAUCAACAUCACCAUCAACAACAAAAUGGUAAAAGUGGAUCUACGCGAAAGAGUAGAGAAGGACGAUCUAGGUCACAAGAAUGGCCCGAUGUACCUGACAUUGGAAAGAUACAAGAGAACAAUCCGGAAAUAUUGGCGCAAAAGAUUUUGGAAACGGGCAGACAAAUAGAAGCUGGUCGAAUGUUGAGUAGGCAAAAUACUAGUUCGAGUAGCAAUUCCAGGACCAGACUGCCACAAGCAUCCCUUAGCUUUUCUACUACUUCGUCGUCUAUUUCAUCUUCACAAUCACAGACAAAUAACAAAGAAACGGCAAAUAGAACCCAAGAACCCCCCAGGGUUGCAAAUUUCGAAGAUAGAUUAAAGAGUAUAAUUACAAGUGUCUUGAACGAGGAUCAACAAAAUAGAAAUAAGCAACAGCAAAUGCAGCUACAGGUGCAAUUACAAAGUCAGAAUGAGCCAGAUAGAAAACGUAUCGCGUUGCCACACAACGUAUCUACUCCCGAUUACACGCAGGUUUCACCUGCAAAAUUAGCACUUCGCCGUCAUCUAUCUCAAGAACGUCUUUCAUCUCACUUAACACCAUCUGAUAGGCCAACAAUCGACUCCAGACAAUCGAGUCAUGACAAUCGUAUUGUAGCAGGAGGAAAUGGAUUACUUGGUACUAGGACGAUCGGUGAUUUGGUCAGUGGGGAGAUAGAGAGGACUUUAGAGAUUUCCAAUCAGUCAAUAAUAAAUGCAGCCGUUGAUAUGAGCGCGAUGAUAAGACCGGAAACUGUAUAUUCUCCUAUCAGUAGACCAGCCAGCGCAGAGGGUGAUGCUGGUUUAUCAACUCUUGCGCAUGUGGCUAGUUACGCUCCAACUUCUUCUGCUAUUUCAACAUGCACUACAGCUGCUUCACGAUCAUCAGUAUUGUUCACUCCAGUAACUCAACCGCAAAGAUACACGCCAGUUCAGUUACCACGCGCAGACAUCAAACCUUAUCACGAAUCAUAUUUCUCUGACAAUCCUUCUCAGUCUCUUGCACAAACCCAUCCUCCGUCAUCGAUGCAUGCAUCGCAAACUGCAUCGAAUGGUGAACUUUUGCCGGUAGAAGGACUGGCAGCGUCUUUACAUGCUCGUAUAUUAAAUAAUCACAACACUAAAACCGAGUCGAUGCUUUCUACAAAUAGAAGAUUUCAACCAUACCCUCGGUACGCAACCAGUAGUAACAGUAAUGGCAGUACAACAACAACAAAUGGUAUUGUAACAGCCAUUUGUCAAUCUCAGCCUUCGAUGUCAAUAAAAGCAGAGUCAAUCGUGUCGUCGAUAAGCACAAGCGGAGCGCCGUUAAGUCCUCUUGUAGAACCACACUCUAAUACAUCUACACCGUUAGUCGAUGAACCUCAAAUGACAACGCAGAGACAACGAAAUGGUAUUGGUGACGAUGAUGGAGAGGCUGAUUGGCAAGACCGUAUCAGUUCUGGAUUCGACAGAUUGGUUGCAUUUGCUUCCACCGAGCUAGAUAAGCGAAGACGAUCCACGGAGGGUGUGAACACAAGUCCUGACAGCGGUUUAGGAUCAGACAAUACCGUAACUGGACCUCCACCGGUGAUUCCAUCGCCAGAUGAAGCGCUGGGUCCUCCUCGCACACCAUCGCCGACCAGCCCUCGGCCACCGAAUCCCUCCAACAGCAACACAAGUAGUACGUCUUCCGUGCCACUAAAGUAUCAACGGCAAUCGGAUCCUGAACGACAUCAUUUUAAGAAAAAGUUCUUUCAUAGAGAUUGGAAUAACUCUGGAAGUACCAGUAAGUUUCGUCCUAAAGGCAAGGAUUGGGAUUGGAAUCAUUCGGGACAGUGGCCUUCGAAUGACGAACAAUCUUAAUCUUCCUUUUGUAUUGUAUCUUUGAAUUUGAAGCUUUUAACGAUUUCUCUUACGGUUGUUAGGUUUGCAGAAUUGAGAAUGCCGUCUGCGUUUCUUGGUUGCGGAUGAAAUGUAUCAUUUCUUUUAAUGAUAGAAAUGUUAUUAUCCCCUCUCUCGUAAUAUGGUUAAAAUAAUUUUUAAUUACCGAACUCGCACAUUGUAGUAGUACUACAUUGCGUGCUCGACUCGAACGCGACAUGUGUUCGAAUCGAAUUGUUUUUAUUUUCUGCUGAUGCAACGUUUAAUUGAGCAUCCGUAGAGCUCAAUACCUUGUUUUAUAGUCGGCAAUAUAUAUUUAUUUAGUAGAAAAAAAAAAAUGAAAAGAAAAAAAAACACACACAAAAAACGUUACGAGGCUAAAUGUACUGCGAAAUUGAAAUUAUGAUUUCAAUGGUAAAACAAUUAUGUAAUAUAUAGCGAUAUACACGCGUAUAUUGAAAAGUGAAGGGUCAAGGGAAUGUAAAACGCACUGUUACAUAUUACUCAUUGAUAAGUAAUUCAACUUAAUAUUAUUAGUCACUACAAUCUUUUGGUUAAACAAAAAUUUUAGAGAAUAAUCAUUAUCGAUUCGGUAUAUGGCGUAUGGUGAGAAUGUGUUUGCCUUCAUAAAUAUUUCCUAUACAUCAUAGAGAUUAUAUUCCCUGGAGCAAAUGAACCGCUUGUAAUGCACGUCUGUAAUUAUGGUACAUGUCUAUUACAUGUGUAAUGUAGUAGGGUUUAACAAUGCGCUGUGUAAAGAAUGUGCCACGUAUUAUGGACGUUGCAGCUGACAGUUAGUUGGUAAACUAACAAACAAACAAACAAACAAAAAAAGUGGAAAGAAGCUACCAAAACCUACGUGUGUUCGUAGCAAAUAUUCGCUGCAAAUUUUAUACGCGAUUCAGUCAUCUUCCAUCGUUUCUGGAAGAUUCUAUAUCGAAGUGUUCACUGUUGCACAUAGAAUGUUAUGACAACAACAGAAUAGUCAUUUUACCAGAAGUUAAAUCUAAUUGGUUUUCCUUUUUUUUUUUUGUUUUUUGUUUUUCGGCGUAAAUUUACACACUUGAUUUGUACGAUUGUGCAGAAUAUCCAAAGAAUGAUCUCUGCGAGUAUCGAAUAGAUUUUCCCAGCGACUCGAUCGAACUCUUAGCAAUUCCGCUGGUAAAUUCGAAAAAAAUGUAAAUAAAUUCGACGCGUCAUCGAACACGCGGAUCUAUGUAUAAAAGAUUUUUUAGUCAUUGUGUUGUAUACAUAUAUAGAGUAUGAAAAAAUUGUAAAGAAAGCACUGAGCAACCGUCAGAAUUGAAAUUGUAAAAAAAAAACUUGAUCGGUGUUCCGUAUAUAAUUGUAAUUAAUUAUCGAAUUAUUUAAUAAUCCCCUGUAUACAUUAACGCAUAUAAUUAAUCACGAUGUAGGCACCUGUCAAGUUUAGCGUGUUAUAUACACUGCCGAAUCUUCUAUUAAUUUUAUUAUUGAUCAUGAUUAUUAUUUAUUGUUUUUAUUGAAAUAUUUUAAUACUAAGGUUUUUGUAACAAGAAUAUUUUCUCUUUCAUUCUUACCUUCCAUAAACAUAAUUAAACGUUUCGGUCAGAAAUCUUAAUUGCAGUAUGAUAGAAAUACGUACGUUUUUGUAAUCCAAUUACUCGAAUAAUUCGAGGAUUGAUACACACAUUUUCAAGCGUAUACCACCGAGGAAACGAAGUUUACAAUUACAAGUUACCUCAUUGUGUUAAUCUUUGUCUAUACAUACACACUAACACUUUUGUUGUAAAGACGCUAGUUAAAUUUAGGUAUUUAUUCGUUUACUGCGUGAGUGAAUAAUAUCGAGAAAUACUAGAAAAUAUCGCGUAAUGAUACAAUUUUAUAGGAAUGGAAAAGUGUAAGCAGUAUCUCGCAUAUAUACAUAUUAUCUAAGAAAGUACAAAGUUCUACCUGAACAGAUUAUAUUUCAUAGCGUAUCUGUUUUGUACAUCGAGUAAUCAAUGCAUUAAAAUAUACCAGAUUUUUUAUCUUAA